AGCCUGGCCUCGUGUCCGCCAGUUCCUGCAAGAGCAGAAGCCAGGCAGCCUCAUCGCUGACAUAGGAAUCCUGAAAUUGCACCCUUGGCAUGCCAGUACCUGGAAUAUUUAUUUUACAGCAGAAACUCAGACAGUCAAGUCAGCAGCAAGCAAAAAACUUUCUCAAACUUUUUUUUUUUUUUUUUGAGAUGGAGUUUCACCAUUGUCAGCCAGAUUGGAGUGCAGUGGUGCAAUCUCAGCUUGCUACAAACUCCGCCUCCCGGGUUCAACUGAUUCUCCUGCCUCAGCCUCCCAAAUAGCUAUGAUUACAGGCACCCGCCACCACGCCCAGCUAAUUUUUGUAUUUUUAGUAGAAACGGGGUUUUGCCAUGUUGGCCAGGCUGGUCCCGAACUCCUGACCUCAGGUGAUCCAUCUGUCUCGGCCUCCCAAAGUGCUGGGAUUACAGGCUUGAGCCACUGUGACUGGCCUCAAACUUUACAUUUAGACAGUGGCUUUUCAGGGCCUUUGUGUACAUCCUCCACCAAAACGGACCUGACAUUGAUUGAAUAAAUCAGGAUGGAAAUGAUGGCUUGUGAAACCAACCGUUGUAAAUUUAAAGAUAUUCACGUUUGCCAAAUGUGUUCUCCGCUGGUGGCUCACUUUGGGUGGCUCACAUGCCUUCUAUAGAAUUGCGGGAUUAUGGAAGAGGUCCACUAAUAUCUUAUGAAUCUCAUGGGUCCUUUCCUUUAAUUAUUCUAUAGGUGUUUCAUUAUAGGAGUGUAUCUUUAAUUAGACAGUAUUUUAAUAAUAACUUAUUUGUCUGGAGGACAUUGGUUCAGUAUGUUCCUAAAUCAAGAACUGGUAAACCACAGCUUAGUAGAUCUAGGACUAAGACUUAAGAUGUGGUUGGAAUCUCACUCAAUGCUUACCCACCUAAAACUGCGUUCUAGCAAUUGCAUGCUGACUGCACCCAUGAGUCGUAAGUCUGUAGUUGCAAAGUCUGUCUAGUUUGAUAUUCAUUCUAAAUACUGGUAAGAGAAACAGACAUACCAGAACUUGUGGCUUGCUGAAGAUGGUAUGAGUAAUGUGGAAUCUGGGGAAGCGGUGCAUGUCACAUGGAAAUUGGGAGUCUUUGAAAAAUAUCUCUAUCAUGUAAAUUAAAAAAUAAUAAACCUAGUUUCAGAAUGUGCAGUGAGUUUGGAGCUCUUACCACCUAUAAUCUAAGUAAGCCACAUACCAGGAUCUUAAAAUCAGUGGGGAAAAGGAACUAUUCAGUAAAUGGCUUUGGGAUAACAACAUAUAUAAUCAGAGAGUUACUUUCUCACACCUUGCAUCAAAAUAAAUUCCAAAUGAAGCAAAGAUUUAAGUAUAAGAAAAUGAGCUCAUUAAAGGACUAAAUGACAACUAGAUUGUUAUUUAAAAUAUUCUCAGAGGCAAAAUGCCUAUGUAUGAUACACAUACAACAAGAAAUCAUAAAAGAAUAUACAGUUGAUUGCCAUUAUUCACAGUACUUACAUUUCAUAUAUGUAUCAUAAACAUUGAAUUGGCAAAUACUGAAUCAUUGUUUUUAGGGGAAACAUUGGAUUAGGCUCCUGUAAGCUUCAGGUCACAACAUUUUUGUCAAUUUACCAAUGUAUAAGCUUGUUGCAUAUGUGUUUCUGUUUAAAGACACCUUGUUUACUAUAUAUCAUUAUUUCAUAAACAUUGGGCUCACGGCCAACACACUAUAACUCUUUCGUGAACAAAGCUUAUCUAACACAUAUAUUUUGUCCAUCAGAGACAUCCCAGCCUUCUUAUGUUCAGGAACACUAGACGGCAUUUCAGCCCCAGGCUUAGGCCGUUUGAAACAGCAAAAUCACCGGUAAAAACUGUACAAAUGGAGAAAUUGUAGCCCUAAGUAGAUUAUGGAAAGGACACUUAAUUACGGUAUGGGAGCUGAAAAAAGGAGGCUGGGUAUGUGGGUCUCAGGUGACUCAAAUAUUUUGCUGCACUGUGAGUAUAUAAGUCUAAUAGUGGCCAUGCAAGGCUAUAGUAUUGUCGUUGGGGUUACAAAUAAAUUUCAGCAGGUAGAUUAACUGCAAAUAUGGAAGCUGUAAUUUAUGAGGAUUAACUAUAUUGACAGAUAACUUUGACCCUAUCAAAAUGGAAAACUUCCACAAGACAAAAAUCUAGCAGACAUACAAUUCAAAAGACCAAAACCAAACUAAGUAAAAAUAUCUGCAACACAUGUCAUAGAAAUCUAGAUUUUCUUUUUUUUUUCUGAGACAGAGUCUUGCUCUGUUGCCCAGGCUGGAGUGCAGUGGCGCUAUCUCUGCUCACUGCAAACUCCACCUCCCAGGUUCACGCCAUUCUCCUGCCUCAGCCUCCCUAGUAGCUGGGACUACAGGCGCCCGCCACCACGCCCGGCUAAUUUUUUGUAUUUUUAGUAGAGACGGGUUUUCACCGUGUUAGCCAGGAUGGUCUCGAUCUCCUGACCUCGUGAUCCACCCACCUAGGCCUCCCAAAGUGCUGGGAUUACAGGCGUGAGCUGCCACGCCCGGCUGGUAACUUUUUUAAUCUACUAAGCAUUCUUCAGUAUUACUGUAAAAAAAGACCAGCAUCCUGUCAUUUGCGACAACACAGAGGAACCUGGAAGAUAUUAUGCUAGGUGAAAUCAGCCAGGCACAGAAAGAGAAAUACCCAGUGAUCUCACUUAUUUAUGGGAUCUAAAACAGUCGGACUCAUAGAAGGAGAGAUUAAAAUGGUGGUUACCUGGGGCUGGGGUGUCGAAGCGGGUGGGGUAGGUGUAGGAAAUGGUAAGAUGUUGGUUAAAAGAUUCAGAGUAUCAAACAGAAGGAAUUAAGUUCAAAAGAAUAAAAAAGAAAAACUACCAACAAGUCACAAGAAAAAUAGUGAAAGGAUGUGAACAAAUGGUUCAAAAUGUGUAAAAGUAUUUUAAUAGGUAACCCACUGAUAACGGUUCGGCAACAAAGCACAAAAGAAUGCAUAGUGUAAAAUCUUCUCCCAACCCAGUCCCUGGCGCCAAGCAACCCACACCAGAGGCCUCUGAUGCUAUUAGCUUCUUGUAUGAUCUUUUUGAGAUGUUUUAUGUAACUAUGAGCAUAUUUGUGCCUGUGAGUGUGUGAUGGGUAAUUUCCCUUUUUUGGUUACACUAAUGGUAGUAUGCUAUAAAAACAAUUAUAAUUAUACACCUAGGUUUUGUUAUACUUUUAAUAUAUUGAGGAAAUCAUUCCAUAUUUAUAUUUAUUAUAGAGCUACCCAGUAUUAAAAGCUGCCUAGCAUUCUAUGCUAAUAGUGCCAUAUUAACAUUUAAUAUAUGUUGUUUGCUGUAUUUUGCCAGUACAAAUUACACUACAAAUAGGCUAGGCACGGUAUCUCACACCUGUAAUCCUAGCACUUUGGGAGGUGAGGCGGGCAGAUCAUUCAGCUCAGGAGUUCAAGACCAGCCUGGACAACAUGGUGAAACCCCAUCUCUACAAAAAAUAAAACAACAAUAAAAAUAAUUAGCUGAGCAUGGUGGCACAUGCCUGUAGUCUCAGCUACUUGAGAGGCUGAGGUAGGAGGACAGCAUGAGUCUGGGAGGCAGAGGUUGCAGUGAGUCGAGAUGGUGCCACUGCACUCCAGCCUGGGUGACAUAGUGAGACCAUAUCUCAAAAAAAAAAAAAAAGUCUUACAAAUAAUAUUCUUUAAAUACCUCUGUGCAAAUCAACAACUACAUCUAUAGUAAAUAUCUUUUUGCCAAUUUGUAUCUUUUGAAUUUUGUACUAUAUACAUUUUUUAAACUAUUCAAUAAAUAUGGUCAUGUUUUCAUUCCAAAAUGAAAGAUGCAUUUUAAUAAAAUUGAAGUUAAAGAAGAAAGAAAUGAAAAAGAAAGAAGUUCAAAGGGAUGAGCAGAAGAAAAGACAGAUGAUAAUAUGACUGUCCUCUAAAGGAAAUGGUUUUUGUCGCUAGGUUUUCCACUUAGCUAGAAUCAUCAGCUGUUUGAUGAAUAGACAAUAGAUUGGAUUAAAAAAUAUUUAAAAUCUUUUUUCGUUCAAUUCAAGAUUUAGACAUGAAUGCCAUUAGAAAUGAACAGGGGCAAAUCAAGAUUUCUAGGGCACUAGAAGCGUUGUCAGGAGAAAAGACCUCUGUUUCCUCCUUAUUACAAAAUGCUCUCUGAACAGGCCCUCCUCAUUCUAAAGAUCUAUGAGUCUGAUUUUAUUAAUAUCAUUGAAGUAACUUUCCCUUUCAUUUCUCCUAAAGUAUCCCUCGAGCCAAUGAAAAAGCAAACGAGUUGCAAGGUUAUUUUUCUUAAAAUGGAACCAUCAUCUUUUGAAAUACACAGGAUUUUAAUUUUAAAAUACUUUGUGAAUUAUAUUUUCCCCAUGAUUGCCUUCAAAUAGUGGGUACUUUUUCUCAUAAGCAUUAUUGGGAACCAUAUGGCUACGAGAUCAAAGGUGUUUUUAAGACCACGACUGUGUCUUAGAAACGUCUACAUAGAAAUAAUAUGGUCACAUUUACAUGGAAAUAAUAAUGCUGGAAUUGUUUUCUUUUUUCUUUAUUUUUUUUUUUUGAGACAAAAUCUAACUCUGUCAUCACCUAGGGUGGAGUGCAAUGAUGCUACCCCAGCUCACUGCAACCUCCACCUCCUGGAUUUAAGUGAUUUUUUUCUGCCUCAGCCUCCUGAGUAGCAGGGAUUACAGGUGCCUGCCACCACACCCAGCUAAUUUUUGUAUUUUUAGUAGAGAGGGGUUUCACCAUAUUGGCCAGGCUGGUCUCAAACUCCUGCCCUCAAGUGAUCCACCCGCUGCGGUGUUCCAAAGUGCUAGGAUUAUAGGCAUAAGCCACUGCGCCAGACCCCAAAUUUUAUUUUUUAUUCAUAUAUUCUCCACUGUCUCAGCUGGCAUUAAUGAAUCUUAAGUUUGCUUUUAUUGUAUCAUAAUUUUGAAAGUGCCUAGUAAGGAGGGAUUAUUAGUGUCCUGAUGUAUUUCAGAAGCAGCAAACUAAUCAUCUUUAAAUAGUGGUAGAUAUUUUUUCAGGUAGAAAAAUUUUAUAUGUAAUGCCAAUAGGUACAAAUAUAGGCUGUAAUGAUUUCUUUUAAUAUUUCUGGAAAGGAAUUAGAUUAUAUAUCUGUGGUAGAAUAUAAUACUCAGUAUUAGAUUGUAGAAGGCUUUGUUUCAAGGUGGUUAUUCAUUCAUGUUACUAACUUCUUCAAUCAUAACAUCAGUAAGACCUCUAUGAUCUGAAUCUUUGGGCUUUGUAAAUCCUGAAUUACUUAGGUCUCUGCUACUGGAAAGUGAAUAUCAAAAAUUGUCUAUUUAAGAAAAAAGUAGUUUUUAUAAUCUGAGUUGUAUACUGGACCCAUAGAGAUCAUUUUAAAUGUAGCAUGAAUACAGAUUGGAUAAAAACAAUGUUAAAAAUUCUUUUCUAAUUCAAGUUCAAAUUUUAAAAAUUUGAAAGGCAUGUUUUAGUGUAUAAAUAAUUGAAAAGUUGUUGACAGUUGUUUGUUUUGCAGUCAGCAAGUGGUAAGAAUCUUUGGAGAGACAACAGGAGAAUAAAGGCCAUAACAUGCGUAUAUACACAAUGAAAUAUGGAUGUGAGCUUAGAGGCUACACACGGUCUCUGGGAUACUAGAACUAUUUCUCUUGCUGUGGACCAGCUAACGUGCCUUGGUUGCGCCAGUGCACUGACCCCCUGUGGACAUUACCUCAUUAAAUAUUCAAUAAAUGUUAUUUUUUUCCUAUUGCCUUUCUCUCUUCUAUAUGAGAAUAUGUAAGUAUUCGCUGAAGGCUUUUCUUUUGCUUUUGUGAAUACUUUCACACCAUGUUGUAUUUUAUCUUGGUUAGUUAAAAAAAAAAAAAAUGUUGACCAGGCGCGGUGGCUCAUGCCUGUAAUCCCAACACUUUGGGAGGCCCAGUUGGGCGGAUCACCUGAGGUUGGGAGUUCAAGACCAACCUAACUAACAUGGAGAAACCCGUCUGUACUAGCAAUACAAAAUUAGCUGGUCAUGGUGUCAUGCGCCUAUGAUCCCACCUACUCGGGAGGCUGAGGCAAGAGAAUUGCUUGAACCCGGGAGGCAAAGGUUGCAGUGAGCCGAGAUCGCACCACUGCACUCCAGCCUGGGUGACUGAGGGAGACUCUGUCUCAAAAAAUAUAUAUAAAAAGUUAAUUAUAUUUCUUGUUAUGAGACGAACUAUUUCACACUUUCCAUUGAGGAUAGCAUGUAACGCAGGUUUUUCUCUUAUAGGUUGUGGGACUGGAAAGUAUCUUAAAGUGAACAGCCAGGUACAUACCGUGGGCUGUGACUACUGUGGGCCACUGGUAGAGAUUGCCCGGGAUAGAGGAUGUGAAGCCAUGGUAUGUGACAACCUUAAUCUCCCCUUUAGGGAUGAGGGCUUCGAUGCCAUCAUCUCCAUAGGAGUCAUACAUCAUUUUUCUACAAAACAAAGAAGAAUCAGAGCAAUAAAAGAAAUGGCCAGGGUCUUAGUUCCUGGAGGCCAGAUGAUGAUUUACGUUUGGGCAAUGGAACAAAAGAACCGUCGCUUUGAGAAGCAAGACGUGCUUGUUCCAUGGAACAGGGCCCUGUGUUCCCAGCUCUUCUCAGAGUCCAGCCAGUCUGGGAGGAAGAGACAGUGUGGACACCCAGAAAGAGGCCAUCCCUACCAUCCUCCUUGCUCUGAGUGUAGCUGUUCUGUUUGUUUUAAAGAGCAGUGUGGUUCAAAACGGUCCCACAGUGUGGACUAUGAACCUGCUAUGGCAAGAAACUGUUUUGCAAAUAUUUCUAAGGAAGGCGAGGAAGAAUAUGGAUUCUACGGCACAUUAGGAAAAUCGUUUCGUUCCUGGUUUUUCUCAAGAUCUUUGGAUGAAUCGACUCUGAGGAAGCAAAUUGAAAGAGUAAGACCCUUGAAGAACACAGAAGUUUGGGCCAAUAGCACUGUAACAAUUCAGCCUUCCAGACACUCUAGUUUAGACUUUGAUCACCAAGAGCCAUUUUCAACAAAAGAGCAAAGCUUAGAUGAGGAAGUGUUUGUGGAAUCUUCUUCUCAAAAACACUUGGAGUGGCUGAGAGCACCAGGCACUCUGAAGCAUUUAAAUGGAGACCAUCAAGGAGAAAUGAGGAGAAAUGGAGGGGGAAAUUUUCUGGAUAGCACUAAUACCAGUGGGAAUUGUGCGGAUGCAGGUAACUUACAAGAUGAUAAUCCUUCUGCUACUAAAAUAUUGAGAAGGAUUUCUGCAGUCGAUUCCACAGAUUCCAACCCAGAUGAUACAAUGUCUGUCGAAGAUCCACAGCCUGAUAUUUUGGACUCCAGAGCCUUUAUGCGCUACUACCAUGUGUUUCGAGAAGGGGAGCUGUGCAGUCUGCUUAAGGAGAAUGUGUCAGAGCUCCGUAUCCUGAGUUCUGGGAAUGAUCAUGGUAACUGGUGUAUCAUUGCAGAGAAAAAGGGAAGUUGUGAUUGAUUGGAUCCUUCUAGACAACUCUUCCAAAAGAUGAACCACAUUCUUUUCACUAGGUUUGAUAUGGUUACCUGAAUUUGCAUUCAGUAUUAUUUGUUAAUCCAUUUAUGCUUUGGUCUGCAGAGACUAUUAGUUAUUUGGUUGUUUUUGUUUUUAUCUUUGAAUAAGCACAGAUCCUGGCACUGAAAGCACUUGACAAAGGGUAUUUGUGCUUAAAUGUUAAUAUAAAAGAUCUGAAGAAGCAACAGAAAAUGCCCUUCAGUACAGCUCAGAUUUUGUUUAACCCCUGAGAGAUAAAGUACAUGUAUAGUGUUUUUCAGUAUUACACAUCAAUUUAAAAAGAUUAUGCUGUUAAAUAAUCUUUUAAAACAGUAUUUUUAUAAAGUGAGGGGAUAACUUCUGGUUCUCAGGUUAUAAUUGAGAGCAGUGUGCAAGAUAGUAGGUAAACUUGAUCCAUUGCACAGAUAUACAUUGAACCCGGUGAUGAGUUAUCUUGUUGCCAAGGCCUUGCUUUUACUUAAAGUUUUCAGAAAACUGAGUGACAGUGGAGAGAACCAAGAAGUGUUACAAGGACUUUUCUAAAUUAUAAGCAAACUUGCUUCAAAGUAAGUUGACAUGUGAUAAUAAGGUUUUCAAUGUAGCCCAGGAGGUUUUUAAAGGCACUGUUAGGCUGAGCAUGGUGGCUCAUACCUGUAAUCCCAGCACUUUGGGAGGCCGAGAUGGAAGGAUCACUUGAACCCAGGAGUUCAAGAGUAGCCUGGGCAACAUAGCAAGACCCCAUCUCUAUAAAAAAUUAGCCAGGUGUGGUGGUGCAUGCCUGUCAUCCAAGCUACUCGAGAGACUAAGGCAGGAGGAUCAUAGGAGCCCAAGAGUUCAAGGCUGCAGUGAGCUAUGAUUGCACCACUGCACUGCAGCCUGGGCAACAUAGCAAGACUCUGUCUCUAAAUAAUAAUAAUAGUAAUAAUAAUAAAGGCAUUGUUAGCUUGUAAGGAGUGGAGUAUGUAGGUACUAGGAGUUAUAUGCAAGUACCAAAGUGGUAUUCUUCCAAUCUUAUUAGAAGCAUAAAUAUUCAAGAUUCAUAUUACUAUUGCUUAUUAGCAAGAUUGUUAUCAAUCAUGCUUUUUAGAAGCAUGAAUAUCCAAGACCAUGAUUGACUAAUGAUGAGUCUGCAUCAAGAACUAGGCAUUUCUUUUGCGUUGACGGACUCUUUAGGAAAGGAGAAUCUAGGUGAAGCACUGAUUUUAGUUUUGAGAACAAACAAAUUAAGGUACAGCAUAGUUAGCCUUGGUAGAGGUAUGACUGGGAUUUGCUGUAUCCUUUAAAAUAGUAUCUGGGCAUUUAUUUUAUUGAAGGUGACUACAUUUUAUUAGUUAUAUUAGGAAUUUAGGUAGAAUCAACUUCUACUGAUUAAAGGUUGAAUUUCUGUCACUUUGUAGAGAAACAAAUAGACUGGACACUGUGUGGUCACUGUUUAGAUUUGCCCAUGGGUCUGUUUAAAUCUAUGUCAUAGAUCCUGAGACAAAAAUAUAAUUAAGACAGGUCUAGAGACAGAAGAAGCAGAAAUAAGUUGACCCAGGAGUACAGUCUCAAAUAGUUCAUUAAUGAGAAAAUUGACAUCUGACAAGAGUCAUUUUACUUUAUCCUGGAUGAAAAUGCAAACCUUGUUUUAUUUUUUCCACUAAAAGUAACUAAAAUAAUAACGAAUUUCAUUUGUUCUUGGGUUCUUUUUUCCUUUAAUGAUUGUGCUAUAACUUAAAAUAAUGAUGUUACUUUUGAACAAACUUAAAGAACUAUUUUUAAAGCGUAUCUGAAAACGAUUGAUGUUUAUAACUCUCUUUUGGCUUCAAAAUAAGAUUGUCUUAUCACCAUUUUGGUAGAUGAAGUUGUCUGGUGAAAAUGGUGCAUAUCACUUGUACUGUUCAGUGUACAUCCUGCAGUAGUGGAUGAUUGAAAACAUAUAUAAGUGGAGUAUAAAUUAAAAAUUAAUUUGGUUUCUUCUA